AUGGUCACCAAUCAACAAUUGUGUCCGGAUACAAUUGCUCAGCUCUGUUUCUCCAAAUUCAAAAGCCUGCCCAAAACCGGAAAGCCCAAUGAUACAGAAUGGACAGUUUUGGCAGGAGUUGUUAUGCACAACUCCAAAAAUAACACAAACGAAGUGAUCUCUUUGGGAUGUGGUACCAAAUGUAUUGGGAAAAGUAAAUUAUGUCCAAAAGGUUUAAUACUUAAUGAUUCUCAUGCUGAAGUGUUGGCCCGCAGAGGAGUACUGAGGUAUUUUUAUUAUCAUUUGCAGCAAACAUUGAAGGGCAACGCGGAUACUGUGUUCGAAUGGAUGCCGGAGGGAAAUAAAUGUAAACUAAAAGAAGGCAUAUCGUUCCAUUUUCUGUGUACACAAACACCUUGUGGAGAUGCAUGUAUAAUACAGGACGAAGGCGAAGGUUGUGAACCAUUAAAGAAAAAAUCAAAAUUAGAAGAUCGUAAGGAACAUGACAAAACAAAAGAAGAUUGUUGUGGCGAUAUGGUCUAUACUGGUGCCAAAUUGUUGGGAUCUGAUCAUGCGGAUGCCAUUGAACAAAUAGUUGGUGCAGUACGAACGAAACCAGGACGCGGUGAAAGAACCCUAUCCAUGAGUUGUAGUGAUAAAUUGGCUAAAUGGCAAGUAUUGGGAUUCCAGGGAGCAUUGCUGACCCUAUUGUUAAAUGAGCCAACUUAUUUUGAAACCUUAACAUUUUGUCAAUCGGAUUAUGGUGCAUUGGAACGGGCUAUAUGGAAGCGAUUUGAAAAUUCCACCUAUAGUCACCAGCAAUAUAUAUUACAUAAACCUAAGAUACGGGUUUUUAAGACGGAAGGAUUUCCACAUCUUCAAAAUGAUCAGAAGCAACCAUCUCCCAAUGGGUUAGUUUGGUGUAAUGUUCCAGAUACUAUGAGACCCUACGAAAUAUCCGUCAACGGCAAACGACAAGGUGUCACAAGUAAAAAAUUACAUACUCUACCGGCCGCCUUAUCUAUAGCUAAAAUAAAUCUAUUGAAGAAUUGUAUUGACACUGUACAGUUACUACCAGAUCUGUCUAAAGAAUAUUCUAAUUUGGAAUCAAUGUCAUAUUUUGAUGUAAAAUCAAAAGCUAAAGAAUAUCAAAACGCAUGGUUAGAACUAAAGGAUAAAUAUUUUAAACAAUGGACAUUAAAACCAAAUGAUCUGCUAUUUUUUAAAAUGCAAGAUCAAUGCAAUGCAACGCCAACUCCAACUACUACUUGCUUGGCAGCAGUUGCUGCCCACACCGACACCAGCAUUCUAAAUGCGAAUUGUUCGGCAAAUAUGGCAAUGCAGUGA